AUGGCGUUUAAAACUGUUGUUUUUGCUGUUUUCGGCAACUAUUUUGUUGCUUUUAGAUUUUUGGUUGUUGUUCUUUUAGUUUUAGUUUUUGGCUACUAUUUUGUUGCUUUUAGAUUUUUGAUUGUUAUUUUUUUAGUUUCAGACUCAUCACAACAAGCUCCAACAGUUCAAGCACCAUUCAAAAAGCGUAUAGGGAGUGAAUCACAGUCAUAUUGGACUGUAGAAGCAAUAGAUUCAGAAAACAAUGUCAAAAAGCUCAAAGUAAAAAAAACAGAUGUGCUUAAUUUAUCAGGUGAUGAACUUAUUGUGGUUAAUUUUGAUUACCUGAAUGAACCAUUUGGAGAGGCUCGCAACCUUCUUUCAGGAUUGUGUGGAAUUUUAGCAUGUGAUUGCUCUUUAUUUCCAAUCAACUUUGAGAAAUGGUCUAGUGUGCCUAUGUCAUACUUAAAUCGUGUCUUCGAUCAAAAUAUAAAGGAAAUGGGUAGAAGAAAUACUGAAAAUAAAAAAAAACAGAUAAUUCCACACACAGGUGGUUCCAAAGCGAAUGCUACGCGAAGGGAUGCAAUGAUGGCUGAAACUGGAGAAAGGCCUGGACGAGCACAAAUAUAUAUUGCUACUCAUAAAAAUAAAGAUGGAGUAUAUGUUAAUGAAGUUGCAAAAGAAAUAUGCAUAAGUUUCUUCAUGAAUUCUAAUUGCAUUUCAACAAGAUAA